AACGCCCAGGGUCUUUAGGCCCUAUCACCAUGGACCCUCAUUUGACGGCGCUGCCCGAUCGUGCUGUUGGGACAUGCAUUUCCUUGGCCAUCCUGCUUCCAUAUAAAUGCUUUUCGCAUCGCGAUCGAGUUCUCCUGCUUUUGUGCCAUCGUACUAGAACCAUAUAUUCAAUUCUACGCUCUAAUGUCCAAUCGAGUCUAUAUCCUCUCUAGUCCAUUUCUUUCUACUUGGGCCGCAGUCCUUCCGCCGCCGCUUUCGAGAGAACCACCGUGAUAAGAGAACCUUUCCAAUUCAAUCCGACAGCCUCGUUGUCCCUUCAACCUAAAAGGAGGAAGAUGUCGUCUGCUUGGGGUGCGCGCCCUCACUGGCCGCCAUCUCCUAGUGUGGAGGAUGAAUCUGAAUCACUCGCUCAUGAACUGAAUGGAACUGCCACGUUAGCAGAGAAACCCGGGGAGGAAGGUGUUUGUGUGAGGGGGUCUAUCGACCAGUAUCCGAUCAUCCUGUCCAUGGAAAUGGUUCAGUCUACAACGGCCGAGUGCAACGCCAGCGAUACAUCCAGUGUCGAAGCCAUGUCGUCAAAUGAUAGCCAGGGUCCUGCAACCCCACCACCGACCCUGAAGGACGAGCCUGUCUUCCAUCAUGCGGAUGACUCUCUGCUGAGCUCCUCUUCAACUGUUCGUCCUCAUAGUCCUUUCGUCAAGGCCCCUGGAACCGACAGGCACGGAUCUCCGGCAAGAACAGUCAUAGCGGAGCCAGGAAAGAAGAAGAGACAUAACCCUGUGGAUGAUGAAGUUGUAUCUCGUCAACCCGGAAACCUUCAUGUCUCUACGGAAGUCCUGGAACCGUCUCCCGAAUACGCCCUGUCCCCUGAAGUCACGGUGCAAAGGUCGCUCGUGAACGUCCAGGAACUCGAACGGCAAGCGCUGAAGCAGUCAUCUGCAUGGGACUCCCCAGACAUUGUUGAAAGACGGCCACCGCCAAAACGGAACGCGCCCAACAUGCACCGCGGUCAAUCUGACCAGGUGGUAUAUCAUAAACGACGAGGUGCGGCGUCUGCGAGACAGAGCCAUGACCAAGGCUGGUCCUAUCAUGAGCCGCGCAGUGACCGUCCAAAAAGUGAAGAAUUCGCUGAUCUCAGGCACGGGCAUAAAUUACUUCCACACCCACUCAACCCCGAUGAGCCACGGCGAGGAUCCCCCCUGAAAUACGACUAUUAUUCUGAUACCGGAAUCGCUCAUGACAUGACCCAAGAUUCUUAUGAUCGACGACGGAAGUCGACAUCCGCGGAGAGUCAUGUCAGCUCCAACAGGAGAAGAAGUACUGUGUCUGAGAACGUUCGCGCUAGAUCUAGCAGCCCCGAGUCUCCAGGAGCGUACUCUGCCUGGGAUCCAUCUGCAUAUUUUGAGAGCUCGCCGAGCAGGUCUACUGCGGUUGAUGCAUCAGAUAGCUACGACCAAAGCUGCCCCGUCAAGCAUCAGAAACCUGGAGCCGGCUACUACUCUAAUGUUCCUCUGCCUGCUUCUGCCCCUCAGUCUCCGCUUCAGAGAGCCUGUGUUCCAAGGUCCUAUUCUCAGCUGGCACCCCAUCUGCAGUGCUUGUCAUCUGCCGCUAGCCCACCUCCGAGUAGCAGGAGAGAGAUUGUCACUUCUUCUCCUAAAUCGGUGGCUCAGAAUACAUGUGUUGCCCUCGCACCGAUUCAGGAACCUUCAAGAUCCUCUUCGCGCAGAAGAAGGACAGUCUCGUUCUCCCCGGAGCCCGUCCAGGCAUCGUCCUCUUCACGUGUCAGCCGAUCAAGGGCUCCAUCGAAGACGCGAUCAUCCAGGCAGAGUUCUCCAUGCAAAGAGCUUGUAGUCCGCCGUUCUUCUCCAGAACCCGGCAAUCUCUGCCUUCUCCCUUGCCCGCGAUCUGUGCCGAUCACUGGCUACCAGGACUGGUACACUAUCCGCGGAUUGACGCAUCUUGACAUCUGCCCGUCUUGCAUGAAGCAAAUGGCCAAAUCGAAGUUCCGUGACUUCUUCAUUCCAAGCUUGCCAAAGCCUCGUGGCCAGAUGGUGCGCUGUUCCAUGAGCGAGCCAUGGGCACGGCUAGCCUGGCUUCAGACCAUUAAGCAGGGGUACAGUGAUCUUGAGAUUCUCUAUCAGAUUACGCGGCCGUCUUCAGGAACCAAGCCAUGUUCUGGUCGAACAGCUUCUAUUCAGUCUUGGUACAAAGUCAUCGAACCCGAAACAGGAUCGAGCCUUCCAAGAUUCAACGCCUGCCAGGCCUGUGUUCGCAAUAUCCGCAUACUUAUGCCAGCUCAUCGUGAUAGCUUCAAGUGCAGUACUCUGGUGCAAGAGCGGAUUUGCGAUCUCGCCACCGACAGUCCCCGUUUUGUCCAGUACAUCGACUUGUUGGAUGCUGCAGCCAACGAAUGUGAGUACAAGCGUCUGCCAUCCCCGGACAUGCAGGCCUUCGUGGACUACGCUAGGCGCAAGACCUCGUUUCACCAUUGCCGCCGCGACAGGCUCAUUCUCAGCACGUGGCAUUAUAUCCCCGAGCUUCCAGAGUUCUCUAUUUGCGAGGACUGCUAUGAUGACGUUGUACGGCCACUUGCCAAAGCCGACAAACCCAUCGCAAGGCUGGUGUCACGUACCAUGCGGCUUCUCCCGGGCUAUGGACCAGAUCUGUGUCGAGAGGCGAGCUGUCAACUAUACUCACCUCGCAUGCGUACUCGGUUCAGGGAAGCUGUGCAGAACAAUGAUUACUCGUAUCUGAAGUUGGCAGCGCUGAAGAGAUACCAAGCUGAGCUCCGUUUCCGCGAGAGAAAGGCCAAGCUCCUGGCCGAUGAGAGGAAGGGCUAUGACUGCGACACCGAGCUCCGAAUCAACGCCGAGGAGUGGAAGAAAUGGGAGUGAGACUUGAGACAUCCAUCUUUGUUAUUCAAACAUGUUAUUAUUUAUUGUGACAGUUGACCUGUACAAUCUUUCCCAAUUUGGCGGCGCGCUCUAGCACAGAUUGUUUUAUCACACGGUGGAAGGACAUCGUUGCAGGGAGGAAAAA